UUGUAAAUAUUAUAAUAUUAUUUUUUCCCCAAUUUCUGCACCGAUCACCGUUGGGUAAAUAUAAGUUCGAGCUCUCUUUCAUUUAUGCCACUCAUACCUUCACGAAUCAACCGUCGCCAAGUUCGCCGGAGAUUCGGCCCGGCCACCGCUCUCCGAUGAACGCAUCAUAAAACAACACCAUGGCGGAGCACGGGACCGCCACCAUAAACGACGGCGAACCAGAGCCGCAACAGAACGAACACCAAAACAACAACAACGACAAGAAGAAAGAUAAGAAUUCAGAUCCAGAGCUAUUCUGCUGUCUGCUUCAGCCUCUCACCGCCGACGCUGAUCCUCAGUACAUCGGCAUUCGCCGCCUCCUUCUUCAUCGGAAAGCCGAGGCUGGAGUCCUCCGCCGUAGGGAUUGGAGAUGCAAUGGGAAAACUUACGUGGCAUACCGGAAUUACAUAUGCAGGCCUAGGAACUGGGAAAGUUUACGAGCACCAAGCCUUCAAAGUACUCCAGGAAACAGUGGCCGAUGGAUUCUAUCUUCAAGUCCACUCUCCCGUUGGUCAGAGGUGGACAGUUGGAGUUCUGGGAGGGAUGUCCAAAUUGCAAACUCAGUAUCCAAUCAUAGAACAAGUUUUAGCUCAAAUGCAAGUGAUUCUGAUCGUCCACGGCAUCGCGUGGUUGAGCCUGCCUAUUCCUUUGUAGGAAUGCAUUGCAUCUUUGACCAGUGCAAAGCCUCUGUUACGGUGUUAAAGUUCGGGCACAUGAGUUCUGACCUACUUGCUUAUGGGGCAUCAGAUGGAACCUUGACUGUGUGCAGUGUUUCGGAGAAACCUUCAGUCCUCAAACAAUUAAAUGGCCAUUCCAAAGAUGUCACAGAUUUUGAUUUUACAACAAACAAUCAGUACAUUGCAUCCUCUUCUUUGGAUAAAACUGUGAGAGUAUGGGAGAUAACAAAAGGCGUUUGCAUACGGGUGAUAUAUGGAGUUUCUUCACAACUGUGUAUCCGUUUCCAUCCUGUAAAUAACAACUUCCUUUCUGUUGGCAAUGCAAACAAAGAAAUAAAUGUGUUCAAUUUCAGCACUGGAAGGAUAAUUAACAAGACAGUAUUUGACGCGGAAGUUACCUCUAUGGACCAUGAUCAUACAGGUCAUCUCAUCUUUUGUGGAGAUGCACAGGGAUGUAUAUACUCUGUAAAUAUAAACUCCCACACAGGUAUGUUAUCCCGCUCUCAUCGUCAUCGAAGUAGCAGCAAGCACAAAUCUCCGGUCACAACAGUGCAGUAUAGGAGCUUCUCUCUGCUGGCUCGAGGACCUGUGUUGUUGACCUGUACUCAGGAUGGAAGUCUGUCUUUCUUCAGUGUGGCUUUGGAGAUAAAAGGUUAUUUAACUCUUCGUUGCUCGCUCAAAUUAAUUCCUCGGAUACACAAAAUUCAAGCUUCAUUCUGCCCCCUUCUUUCACUUGAAAAAGGAGAAUUCAUUGUUGCUGGAAGUGAGGACUCAAAUGUCUAUUUCUAUGAUCUAACAAAGCCAAAGCAUACAUGUGUAAACAAGCUACAGGGUCAUCGGUUUCCUGUGAUGGGGAUUGCUUGGAACCAUGGAGAAAACUUUUUGGCUUCAUCCGAUUUUUACGGCAUAGUAAUUGUUUGGAAAAGAGAAAGAACAAAUCAGAACCAGAAUACAUAGCAAUAGAAGUUUAAAAGCAUAUAUAGUUGAGAUGAGGGUCUGUGAAGAUAGCUUCGUUUACAUUGCUUCUCUCUUUUUUUCGCUGGCACUGUUGUCCUUUUAUAUCUUUUGUGCUAUCAUUUCUUAUUUUUUUAUUUUUGCUACCAACGGUCCCCUUUUGUACCCUGUAUGUAUUUUGAGGAAGAAAGUUUAUUCUUAGUGAGUCAUGGUUAGGGAUUCUGUAUAUGAAUUCUGCGGGAUAUAUUUUGUUUUUACAAUUGCUCACAUUGUAAUUUUAUAUCAUCAAAGAAUAAGGCUUGUGUCUGAAUUAACACUCUAUUGGUUGAUUUAAUGUACAAAAUAUUCAUGUAAGUCC